GUUUUCUUUUCAUUUGGGGUGUUGACGAAGUGUGGUGUGUACUGCACGUGGACCCCCAUAUUUUUGACAAAAUGGCACAGUAUAACUUUAAAAAGAUAGAAGUGGUCCCAACUGCUAAAGACUUUAUAGACAUAACUCUGUCAAAGACUCAAAGGAAAACCCCCACUGUCGUUCAUCGGCACUACAAGAUAUCUCGGAUCCGCCAGUUCUACAUGCGCAAGGUGAAGUUCACGCAACAGAACUUUCAUGACCGCCUGAGCAAGCUGCUGUCCGACUUCCCGAAACUCGAUGAUAUUCAUCCAUUUUAUGCGGACUUGAUGAAUGUCCUGUAUGACAAGGAUCACUACAAGCUUUCAUUAGGCCAAAUAAACACGGCCCUUCACCUGAUCGACAACGUUGCAAGGGACUAUGUCCGGUUGCUGAAGUAUGGCGACUCACUCUACAGAUGCAAGCAGUUGAAGAGGGCUGCUCUUGGAAGGAUGGCAACCAUCAUGAAGAGACAAAGCCAGAGCCUGCAAUACCUGGAGCAGGUCAGGCAGCACCUUUCUCGUCUGCCAUCCAUUGACCCCAACACCAGGACAUUGCUGAUAUGUGGGUUCCCCAACGUGGGCAAGUCAAGCUUCAUCAACAAGAUCACACGUGCUGAUGUGGAGGUGCAGCCGUAUGCAUUCACAACAAAGUCACUCUAUGUGGGACACACGGAUUACAAGUACAUCCGCUGGCAGGUGAUUGACACGCCGGGAAUCUUGGAUCACUCACUGGAAGACCGCAACACCAUCGAGAUGCAGGCUAUUACAGCCCUCGCCCACAUACGGGCAUGUGUUCUGUACCUCAUGGACCUCUCGGAACAGUGUGGACACACCAUUGAAGAGCAGAUGAAGCUUUUGUUCAACAUCAAGCCACUGUUUGCAAACAAGCCAUUUCUUGUAGUUGUCAACAAGGUUGACAUCGUCAGGCCUGCUGACCUCUCCCCUGAAGGCAAGGCCCUGUUCUCAAAGUUGGCCGAGGAGUCGAUUCCUGUGCUGGAGAUGAGCACUGUCACUGAAGAGGGCGUGGCCGAGGUGCGCAACGAAGCCUGUGACCGUCUUAUGGCCCACCGACUGGAAGUGAAAAUGCAGGGCAGGAAGAUUGAGGGCAUCCUCAACCGUCUGCACGUUGCCAUGCCCACACCCAGGGACAGCAAGGAGCGACCACCUUUCAUACCUGAAGGUGCACUUCAGAAGAAGAUGGAGGCAGAUGGGGCCAAGAAGAAACUGGAACGUGAGAUUGAGGCUGAGCUUGGGGAUGACUACAUACUGGAUCUGAAGAAAAAGUAUGACCUGCCUGAAGAUGAGAAGUAUGAUGUUGUUCCCGAGAUUUGGGAAGGGCACAACAUUGCUGACUACAUUGAUCCCGAAAUAUUUGAGAAACUGAAGCAACUUGAAGCAGAGGAGGAGUUGCGAGAGCAGGCUGGCUUCUACGACUUCCCAGAGAGUGAGGAAGAUGAAGAGAUGAAGGAAAUCAGGAGCCUUGCUCGACAGAUCCGAAAGAAGAAGGCCAUUUUGGCAAUUAAUGCCAAGAUCGACAACACCACGAAACCUAAGGUUUCAAGGCCAAUAAUGAAGAAGAGGGAACGCAGCGUGAGCAGAUUGCGCUCUGAAAUGUCUGAACUUGGUGUGGAGCUUGACAAGGGCCGGACACAUUUCAAGAGAGCUGCGUCAGAGGUGAGAACGCCGCGACCUUUGAAGAGGAAGCGGGAGGACAGCGAAGGCCGUGUGCGCAGCAGCUCGAGGACUCCAAGAGACCAAUCGGGCAUCCGCGACGCAACGAUGAGGACAAAGGUGAAGAAACUGAACAAGAAGGCUCAACGGCCAAUGAACAGGCAGGCCAGAAAAGGAGAAGGCGACCGCACCAUCCCCAGCCUCAGGCCCAAACACCUGCUGGCCGGCCGAAGGGGUGUAGGCAAAGCAGAUCGUCGGUGAAGCUGGCUGGACAAGGCUUGGUUGUUGCACUUCGGGGCACUGUCUUUUGUGUUAAAAAUAACUGCUGUCAUCA